GCCUGCCUGCCUGCCUGCCUGGCUGAAGGCCCCCGCCUCGUCGUGCCCCGUCCGUACUGAUGAUACCAAGUCCCUUCCCGCCAUCCCUCCCCAACGCGGACGCGGACGCGGUGGCAUAGUGCCCGAAUGGCCGCGCACCAUCAAGAUGCCUCAUCCUGCUCUGGUCAAUCACACUUCCGCUUCCACAGGUGUGCCCAAGCACUGCUUCACUGCCAUCGACUUUUGGUCUCGCGGCUUGAAGCGCACGGCCAUGGCCUUUCUGGGUGCUCAAGCGGAUACGCUGCCAUCACAGCUCCAUCAGCGAGGCAGGGUCCUCAUCACCAACUGCUUCUUUUUCACGCUCGUGCUCGUGCUCGUGCUCGUGCUCGUGCUCGUGCUCGUGCUCGUGCUCGUGCUCGUGCUCGUGCUCAUGCUCGUGCUCGUGCUCGUGCUCGUGCUCGAGUGCCCGGAGAGCUACACGGCCUACAUUACAUUGCAGUGGAUCGUCGGUCAGCCGGUCAUCGUGCCGCACCCUGCAGAUGGCAAGACAUGCACGCCCACAGAGUGGCUGGAAACCAUCGCCCUGUCCGAUGCGGCUCACUUUGGCACUUACCCCACCGUCGCAGAAGAGAUGGUUCGCAUCGCACGCGGCAAUGCGCGCUACGAGGCUGCACUGCGAAAGUUGAACAGCUUGGCAGUCAUGGGCGCACCCGUAGAGCCUCACUUGGACGCGCUCUUUCGCGACUUUGGCAUCAAGCAGGUGCACAACAUCUACGGUGUUUCGGAAUUUGGACGCGUCAUGUCCUCCAAAUCGCCUCCCACGAGGCUGGACGCCCUGGCUGCGGGGCCGGGCUCCAAUCACCUCGUCUUUACGCCGCUCCCUUCGUCUUCUGAUAACGAUAGACAGACAACAGAGACGGAAUAUCAAGCUUGGAGCAUCGUUGAGCGCAACCCCAAGCUGCAGGGCAACAUUCAACAAGGAGGCAUCCACGUCAAAGUGGAACCUUUUGCCGGUCCAGGUGCAGACCACGGGAAACCGUGCAUCAACCUGGCCGACCUGUUCGUGCGCCUACCCGACGCUCCUGGUCAGACGGAAACCUUUUGGAAGCUGGUGGGCAGGUCGAGUGACGUCAUCGUCUACGCCAAUACUCUCAGCGCCAAUGUCAGCGCCUUGGAAGCCAAGUUGGCCAAGUGUCUGCGAGACAGGUCGCCUCCCGACACCGUCACGGCUGUUCAAGUGCUGGGGCACGCCAAGCCGUGGAGCGCUCGUCUGAUUCAGAGCCCGCGGCCAGAAGUGCUCGGUCAAGGCGUGCUCAAAGAUGCGUUGCAAGAGUACAAUGCGCAGGAACGGUGCGAAGAAGGUACAAUGAGGCUCAAAUUCAAGGAGUGGCUCGACGCGCUGUAG